AUGAAAGGGUGCAUUAAUAUUUUGGGUCUGACUUUGUUCCUCAUACAAAUAAUAAUAAUUAAUUCUAAGAAGAGCUCGUUAUCUCUUCGUUCUGAUAAAGAUGAACAACGUUGCGGAUACGAAAGUUGCUACGAAAAAUGUCCUACUGGACAGUGUUGUAGUUGGUUGGGUUAUUGCGGAACAACGUUUAAGCAUUGCGGCUAUGAGUACUGUCAACUCCAAUGUCCAUCUCCACCCAGAAGCGAAUCUAGGAUUUUUCGAACAUGGGUGCACCAAGUAGAAUGUAUUGAAGUGAGAAUUGAUCCUUUAUCCUCAAGGUCAAAAGCUCAACAUUUAACUAUGUGGACCAUUUAUUCGCCACUGUCUCCACCCUCACCUCCACCCCCAUCUCCACCUCCACCGGGACGAUGUGGAGUGCAAGCAGGAGGUAUAAAAUGUCCUGAUGGAUCGUGUUGUGGUGAAGAAGCUUCUGGAUCAUGUUGUAGCAUAUGGGGUUAUUGCGGAACUACAAAAGACCAUUGUGGCAAACCGCGGUGUCAAAGCCAAUGUCCACCUCCACCUCCACCCCCACCUCCACCUCCAUACGCAAUCGGACGAUGCGGAAUGCAAGCUGGAGGUAGAAAAUGUCCUACUGGAUUGUGUUGUAGUUCAUCUGGUUGGUGUGGAACCACAGAAUAUUAUUGUGCCAAACAGUGGUGUCAAAGUCAGUGCAACACUAUAACUUCGUCCACUGUGAGUGGUACUAAAACCACUUCAUCAGAAUAG